AUGUCGUCUGCUCCAGCCGAAUCCCCAGGGUUCGUGGUGGUGGAUUAUGUACUGUUUGCUUGUGUUAUCGCUAUUUCUAUUGGAAUCGGCAUAUUCCAUGCCUGUGCAGGAGGAAAACAGAAAACCAGUCUGGAGUAUCAUUUGGGGAAUCGGAAAAUACAGACAUUCCCUCUCAUCCUUUCGAUGCUGGUCACCACGCAGUCGUCCAUCUUGAUGCUCGGUAUCCCCGCCGAGACCUAUCUUUAUGGUGGUGUUUUAUUAUUUUCGUCAUUUGGAUUUUUCCUAUCAUAUUUGAUCGGGGCUAGGAUUGUGGUUCCAAUGCUUUAUCCUUUAAAGCUAACGACAGUAAACGAGUAUUAUCAGCGGCGAUACAAUGGAAAGGCUGUGAGGCUAUUUAUAGCGACGUGUAUGAUACUUCUGAAUGGAAUUUACACGGGUGUAGUUGUUAUGGGACAGGCGGUUGCCAUGGAAGGCGUCACCCGUAUCCCCAAGUGGGUCUCCAUACUAGCUGUAUCAUCGGCUGCUGUUUUGUAUACGUCUAUAGGAGGUAUCAAGGCAGUUAUUUGGACUGACGUGUUCCAGUGCACCAUCAUGUUAUUCGGAAUAUUAUCGGUCAUCAUCAAGGGUACAAUAGACGCAGGAGGGUCGGCCUAUGUCUGGGAGGUCAAUACGGCUACAGACAGACUGGAUAUCUUCAACUUUGACCCUGAUCCGUUAGUCCAGUACACCAUUUGGAGUCUCGUCAUUGGUGGAACAUUUAAACUUUUUUUCGUGGUUGUCAAACAGAGUGCUAUCCAGCGUAUGAGUUCAUGCCAGACGCAGCGAGAGGCAACGAAUGUGUACCUGUUAUCUGGUCCCGCCUUCUUGUUGACCAUGAGUCUCGCCUGUGGGGAAGGAUUGGUGGCAUAUGCCUACUUCACGUCAAAAGGAUGUGACCCACUCAAGUCUAAAAUUGUACCUAACCCAAAUCAAUUAUUACCUUACAUGGUCGUCAACAUAUUUCAGAACUUCCCAGGGAUGUCCGGGAUGUUCCUUGCGGCUGUCGUGUCAGCAUCAUUAAGUUCCGUCUCAUCCAGUUUGGCCAGUAUGUCAUCAAUCACACACGAGGACUUCAUCAAACCACACUUCCCAAGACUUUCGGAUACCACCGUCACCCUUCUGUCAAAAUUUUCAGUGGUUAUAUACGGAAUUGUGGGUAUAAGCAUUUCUUUCAUGGUGGCAGAAUUUCCUGGAUCCGUUUUCAAGGUAGCUUCCAGUAUGCUCUCCGUGUUUGGGGUUCCAGUUGUUGGAGUUUUUCUCUACUCGAUAUUCUUUCCUUCUGCUACGCAAAUUGGCGCAAUUAUUGGGGGAGUGUUGAGCACGUGUUUGGUAUUUUGGAUCAAUUUGGGCAGUGCCUUCAACAAAAAAUUCCACCCUACCCUCCAGCCAGCCCCUAUUGACCAGUGCUGGAAUAGUACACUAGUCAAUGUAACGACAUCGGAAAUUAGUUCUGUCUUCAAAAUAGAUGAAAGACCGGAGGGGCUAGACGCUUUGUAUUCCCUUUCUAAUUACUGGUUUGAUGCUGUAGGACUCUGCUGUUUGCUACCAGUAGCGAUUUUAGUGAGUUGUGUUGUAGGUCGGCCGAAGUUUGAACACUUGGACAGUCGUUACCUGUUUAGUUUUGGAGAGAGAGUAUGUCCUUGUUUACCACAGUCUGUUAGAGAUGUCGUCUGUUGCGGGAAUAGAACAGAAAAUAAGAAACGAGAAGAGGACAAUGCUGAAUCUGAAAAGAUGUCGGAUUACAAAGACAGAGUUUCCGAGAGUACACAAUUGUGAUGAAAGUAAAGAACUAGUGCGCUUCUUUGUCAAAACUGCUGAUGAUCAACGACUUUCUCAUUGCGAACGGAAACACUUUGUUUUCACACACAUUAACCACCUACACCGAUUUUCUAUAUAACAAAAGGUUCCUAGAAACUUAAACUUAAAAAUCGUUUACAUGCAUGUCCGUAAGUAUUACUCAACUGAGUCGGAUUUUCUACACAAGAAACUGUAUCUUUUGUAAUAUAUAACUAGUUCAGGUACUGAACCUGUCAGAUGAAAUUAGGUUUUCCGGUUAGUGAAAUCAUCAAAAGAAUUAAGGUGUUAAAUACCCAGAAGUCUUAAUGUCAUUUUGUCCAAGUGUUAUGCCAUUGUCAACCAAUACUUCUCGCUUUGCUAUACUAACAAACAUGUUUAAAUAGAAAAUCAUUAUCACACAAGGAUGUCACUAUGUAAACUAAAUGAAUUCAGCUGAACUGAAUUACAUAUCAACACCGAUGUGACAUCAAUGUUAACAUACAAUGCGAGAGUCCUGCCUGACUUUCGUUUAGACUAGAUGUUAUCAGAAUUAAGUAAAAGUUAGAACUGAUAUUACACGGAAGUUAGAUGACAUUUACCACGCAACCCGAUUUGAAACUGUGGCGAUUGUCAGUAUAUCUAUGUAUCAACUAAAAUGACGCUCGGUGGCGUCCAGCUGAAAUAUUCCUACCUCGAAUUCGUUAGUAAAACAGUGGAAAUUACCCCUGGAUUCGGUAGUUCAUGUUUUUCCCGUAAUGCCCUUAAUACUCACGUUGCCUUCAAGAAUCCAAAAUCAGUUUAAAGAAAUGUUAAAUAAAGUAAUUGUGAGCUACGAAGAUGAGAUGCAGGAAGUUGUAGACUUUGUUCUGCUGCAGGCACUGUUUUUAGGUAUCUCUCGACCAUACCAAAUUGCAGACUUAAAUAAGAUCUUUACACAUGUGAUGUAGGAUGAUCUCCUGACAUUUUUAUAAUUGUACAGAAAUAGAAAAAAAUUAUACCAGUGAUCGGGAAGAUGUAAUUGAAACUGUAGAAAUAGGAAUAUUUGUAUUAAGAGUCUGUAUGUAUUUCAACAGGAAUAAAUAUGAUUAUGACAUUUCAAAGAACAUAGAGAUUUUCGAAUGAAAAUAAUUAAGGACAAACAACACUAUUCACAACAAACAGUUUUAUUUGGGAAUGUUUUGAUUUUAUCAAAAAAAAAAAGAACAAAAAAGUACUACACAUACUAAACCGAGUUCACUACCACAGUAUUCACAAUCAAGCAUAUUAUGUAAAAGCAACUGGGGAAAACAUAUAUCGACUUAUGGCGCAUACUGGAUCAACACAAGUCUGUGUUCUUACAUGUCGAAUGACCUAUUUUUCUUCUUUACAAAUAAAUGCUUAAACUUGGAACAAGAAUAUGUCGAGCAACAUCAUAUUCACAAACCACGAUACGGGUUUCAAUGUAUCAGUAGAAAUAAAAUAACACUAAAUGUGUAUGCCAUUAUAUUUACCAUCUCGCCGAUCUUCAAAUCAGUCAUUAUAAAAACAUCACCAUUCUUUGAUAAUACAAAUGUUAACUAUAAACUGUAUACAAUAUCACCCCCAUUAGGUUGAUACGGUGUAUUAUAUCAUCCUAUAUCAUAGUCGAUCAUAUCAUCACUAUGAAGAUAAAAAGUGUGUAAUAUCACCCUCAUGAGGAUAGUACAAUAUUAUAUCAUACUUUAGAAUAGUGUUUCAUAUCACAACUAUGUAAAAUUUUGAGUACAUUAUUGUCUCCCAUGAAAAUAAU